CCAAUCUCAUUUUGUGUAUUAAUUGUUAUUUAUAGUUUAUAAAUGAGUAUUUUAGAUUUCUCCUUAAGUAAUCAUUAACAAAAAAGACAGCCCUUUUUACUACGUCUUCCUCAUCCUAUUUAAGUGUCUGUGAGUGUAAAUUGCAAACUAGAAACCCCAGGAAUCAAAAGGGUGAAGUCAAAGUAUAGGAUAAAGAAAAUUUUUAAAAUUCGAUCUGAACUAGGUUUGUGCUGUAAGUAUGGUUAGUGGGAAGAAUAGCUCAGGGUACUGUGUGGAGAGGGAGAUUCUGGAUGAAGAGAGGCUGGAGGAGAUGGCUAGGAGACUGGACCCCUCACACACCCACAUUCCUUUCUCUCAUCACCUGAAAAACUCACUCAGGUGUUCUAUUCCCAGACUGAAGCAUAGAGUGGCAGGCUGUUUACCCGUGCUUUACUGGUUACCGCGUUAUUCCAUCUGGGACUAUGGCAUGCCAGACCUCAUCUCUGGCAUCAGUGUGGGCAUCAUGCACUUGCCACAAGGAAUGGCCUACGCAUUGCUGGCGUCACUGCCACCCGUGUUUGGACUGUACAGCUCUUUUUAUCCUGCACUCGUUUAUUUCUUCUUUGGGUCCUCCAGACACAUUUCUGUAGGCACGUUUACGAUUCUCAGUGUUAUGGUGGGCAGUGUUACGGAGCGAUUGGCCCCUGAUGCCAAUUUUCUCAUCCUCAAUGGCACUAAUGUGACGGAGGAGGUGAACGUCACUGCUAGAGAUCUUUAUAGGGUACAAGUUGCUGCAGCCACUACGGUAUUAGGAGGACUAAUUCAGGUGAUUCUGGGUUUGGCGCAGUUUGGGUUUGUGGGCACGUAUCUCUCGGAGCCAUUAGUGAGAGCGUACACCACAGCGGCUGCCGCUCACGCAGUAGUGGCUCAGUUGAAGUACAUAUUGGGAGUGUCUCCAACACGAUUCAGUGGGCCGUUCUCACUGGUGUAUACACUAGUAGACAUGUGUGUGCAGCUGCCCAAUACUCAUCUGCCCACUCUGCUCGUCAGCAUUGUAUCCAUCAUAGUCCUCUUCAUUGCCAAGGAGCUGAACAAUAGAUACCGAGAGAAACUGCCAGUGCCAAUACCAGUGGAACUCAUUAUUAUUGUGGCAGGUACACUGACAUCAUUCCACACUCAUCUAAAUGAGACAUAUGAAAUUUCAGUAGUCGGAGAUAUCCCAAGUGGGCUUCAGCCUCCCACGAUGCCAAACCCCAGUAUCUUUUCUGAAGUGAUAGUGGAUGCCUUUGCCCUGGCUAUUGUGGGAUAUGCCAUUUCCAUCUCUUUAGGCAAAACUUUUGCUCUUAAGCAUGGCUACAAAGUGUGCAGCAAUCAGGAGUUGGUGGCUUUAGGUCUCAGUAAUACAGUUGGAGGUAUUUUCCAGUGUUUCUCUGUCUGUGCUUCUAUGUCUCGGAGUCUAAUACAGGAGACCACUGGUGGCAGAACACAGAUGGCAGGUGUAGCUGCAGCUGUGAUAGUGCUGGUGACAACGUUGAAGUUAGGAACUCUGUUUCAGCAGUUGCCCAAGGCAGUGCUGGCUGCCAUUGUGUUUGUGAAUCUGAAAGGCAUGUUCAAGCAGUAUACCGACAUUGUGACACUGUGGCAGAGAAGUAAGAUUGAUCUGUUGGUGUGGUUGGUGACAUGGGUGUCCACUGUUCUCUUUAAUAUGGAUAUGGGUUUGGCAGCCUCUAUUGGUUUUGCCCUGCUUACUGUUAUCUUCAGAACACAAAGGCCCCGGUACUCUGUCUUGGGCCACCUUCCUGGUACUGAGCUUUAUUUGGACAUGGACACACACCAAAAGGUAAGGGAGGUACCAGGCAUCACCAUAUUCCACUCUUCAGCCACCAUAUACUUUGCUAAUGCUGAACUCUAUCUGGAAGCCCUCAAACAAAAGAGUGGCUUGGACAUUACUAAGAUGAUCACGUAUAAGCGCAGACAGGAGGAGAAGCAGAGACGAAGAGAGAGGAGGGCAGAAAGAAGGGCAAAGAGAGCAGCCAAAAGACAGAAACAAGUUCUCAGAGCAGCCUCUCAGCGUGCCAAAGGGUGCGUCUUCUCGAUUGAAGACGAGGCAGGACAUUAUAAAGAAAUAUGUGGCGAUAUACCAGAAGAGGAGUGGAGGGACCGAGAAAAUGGCACAGUGUUUGUCAUGCCUGAGACCCCACAUAACAGUUGGGUGUACCUGAAGGGUACUGAUCCUGACACCACCACGCUAGGGUCCAUGUCAGAUCUGCAGGAUGGGGACAUCACAACACUGGAGUCCAGCAGUGAGGACACACUCAGCAGGGAUCUGGAAAGAGUUUCCCUAGGCUCACUGGGAAAAUGGACCUGGGAUAUCCAUUCCAUCAUCCUAGACCUUUCACCAGCCAACUUCAUUGACACUGUGGCCAUCAAGACCCUGAGAAAUAUAUUCCAUGACUUUGGAGAAAUUGAUGUCUAUAUCUGCAUUGCAGGCUGUCAAGUUCUAGUGGUGGAGCAGCUGGAGCAAGGUGGCUUUUUUAGUGACAUUUCCAAAGAACAUCUCUUUACUACAGUACAUGAUGCAGUACUGUACUGCCUCAAGCACCAUGGUGCAGCAACUCUGCCAAGCUACGAAACACCAGUGUGUAUGAGCAACACCAGACUCUGAGACAUUAACUACAGUGAAGUACAUCUGCAGCAAUCUGUUUCUCUCUCUCUCUCUCUCUCUCUCUCUCUCACACUCACACUCACACACACACACACACACACAAACAAUGAUGUGGUGCUACCACUGUGAACUGUAUAAAUGUGAGUUUCUCUGCCUAGUAUAAAAUGACACUUCCUUUAGUGAAGUACAGACACCAUAAACAGGGCUGGUCCCUGUGUUUUGAGAAUGAUACAUUCUGUUUAUUAUGUAUUAUCUGUUCAUAGGAAAUUUUAUGGCAUGUUAGUCAAAAUAAUGCAUAAUAUUGACUUAAAUUAUUAAAAAGGCACAUACAUGUUUUUUUAAAAUCUGUAUUUAACUUUAUUAUUUUAAAAAUGAACAUUUAAUAUCUUUAAAGAAAAUGACAGACUGCUAACAUUUUUGUGACUUCUGAAAACAUUGCAACAAUGUUACAGUUACAAUAAAUAGCAUCAUAAAUGAAUAAAGAUGGUCUUCUUAUGGAUGCAGGUGAAAUAAAAUAGAAUAUUGAUUAAAUAAAUAGUAAUAAAUAAUCACAACCCCUGUACAGAGUAUGAGUUUGUUCAAUCAUCAGUUUAGACAUGCUUUGAUGGAACAGAUGUAAGAGACAGAUCAUGUCAGUUGAGAUGUGGUGUUUGUGGUAACAAGUUUAAACUGAUUGACUGACUCAUGAGCACAACAUAAAACUAUAGCCAACUGAGGCUAUUGACAUCUGG